UGCAUCAUGGAUGUAGAUAUAUCUUUAACCGUGCCGUGCAUACAACAAUUCGUAGUUUUGUAUUUGAAGGUCUUUGGUUAGAAUAAUAAUUAUUAUACAUCAACCGCGGUCUAUAUAGUUAGCUCUUAUCGUUUAUCAUUGUCAGUUAUCAUAAAAUCCAAAAACAAUAAUACCGAUUUUCCGACAUAUAGUCGUUAUUUUGAUAAAACCAUGGAUGCUGUCGAUGCACUUCUGAGUCAGAGCGUUUUGAAACCUGGUUUCCAAAAAAAUUACAAGGUUCCAGUUAAUGAAAAGAGUUCAAAAAUCAUCAAAAGAAAUAAAAAGAAAGAAGAAGCAAAAACUAAAGGCAAAGGUUGGUUUAAUUUACCAGCAACUAAAUUGACUGACAAUGUUCGACACGAUCUCGACUUAAUCCGUAUGAGAUCAGCAUUAGAUACUAAACGUUUUUAUAAGAAGAAUGAAACUGAAGCAUAUCCCAAAUAUUUCCAAAUUGGUACUGUAGUAGAUUCACCAUUUGAAAGUAAAUGUGGGCGUCUCACUAAUAAGGAACGAAAAUGUACAAUGGUCGAUGAACUUUUAGCAGAUGCAGAAUUCAAGCAAACUACUAAAAAACGUUACAAGAAUAUAUUAAUGGCUAAUCCUAAAAUGGCAUCUAAAAUAAGAAAAGAAAAUAGGAAAAUGAAUAAACUAAAAAAGAAAAGGAAGUAAUUAUGUGUUUAAAAACAUCUUAUUUGUACAUUUG